GAGGUAACUAAUUUGUCGGCGGAUCUCAAAGAGAAGUCGGCUGCAGCUGCUGCCGCGGAUGAGAAGUACAAAAAAAUCCGUGACGUCUACGCCAAACUCAGGGAGGAGCAUCUAGGCGCUCUUCAAACGCAAUGCAACGAACUGCAGAAGACUCCCGGACCAGCUGUCGAUUCAGAGAUUGCUGAUCUGCAAAAUCAGCUGACCGCUCUGCAGGUUGAGCAGGUCUCCUCCGUUGAGACUCGUCGCGUUAUGGAGGCUGACCUGCAGGAAAAGAAUUUGGCCCUCCAGACUGCAGAGGGCCGGAUUGGUCGCCUGCAGGUGCAACUGCAAGAGGCCGGCAAGGCCGCUGUCACGGAAAUUCGAGAUCGUCUUCUUAAGUCGGCCUGUUCCAGGGCUCUCGAGGACAUUCGUUCUGUGUCAGCUCUUUUAGAGCUCCCCGAGUUCCUGCAAUCCAGAAGCUGCCCCGAGGUCGCCCUGAGUUACACGUCCAAGGCCCUUGCCGAAACUGGUGCUCUACUGAAAGCAAUCGCCGAUUGUGAUGUCUCUCCUGAAGCUUCGGAACCUCUCGCCUUGAUCGUCAUCCAACUGGCCUCCUAUUUGUGUGGAGGGCUGAUUAAUUCUAAGGCUAUUGCCAACUCUGCUUCCUCCAUCGAAACGAGUGACGCUCUAUCAGCGCUCUGCAAAUCCUGUACGGAAGACGGAACUGGCGUAUUCACUAACCUGGCUGGCGAUUUCGGUGAGUGGCGACUGAACGUCGUCCGGACACAUGCUGAGGCUCUAAAGACUAGCUUAACUGAAAUGGAGCACCUCUUAGCCCAAUGUCAACCACAAAUAAAGGAUGUUAACGAGGAGGACUUGGCUAGCAUGCUGGAGAAGGAAUUACAACAUACUAUGGACCUUGUGGCUAAAGCCGAACAACGCUUCAAGGACCUUCUAGAACAGUCAAAGACUCUCAUGACGGGCAUUCAACUGGAGGUUCAUAGUAAGAUUUUGAAUAGCUGUACUGGGCUUAUGGCCGCCAUUGCAACGCUCGUCGCCAGGGCUCGCGAACUACAGAAUGAGAUUGUUAGUGAGGGUCGGGGCGCCGCAUCCGUGUCAGAGUUCUACAAACGUCAUAAUCGCUGGACCGAAGGCCUCUUCUCCGCAGCCAAGUCUGUGGGUGCAGCUGCAAAUAUGCUUGUCGAGUUUGCUGACGCCAUUGUGAACGGCAAGGACGGCAAGCUUGAACAGCUGUUGGUAGCUGCUCUUGAAAUCUCCAGCUGCACCACGCAGCUUCUGGUUGCCAGUCGAGUCAAGGCUCGCAGCGAGUCAGUCCGUUUAGCAGACCUGGAAGACGCCGCUAAGGAAGUCUCCAAAAUGACUGGAAAGGUAGUCGCUGAGGCCAAUAACGGCGUCAGCAUUCGGGAACAGUCCGGUAAGUAUGUCUCACUUCCUUAUCCCCCCCCCGCCCGCCUACAGUCUGCUGCUGACUAUGAAUUUGCUCAACUCGGAAUCACACAGGCU